AUGGCAGUGGGGCCUGCGCGCCGCGGCGGCGUCUGUGCGUGUGCCCCGCUGCGUGGAUGGCGGCGCGUUGUUUUCCCGCGCCACUCCGCCGGCAGCCGUUACUCCCGCGGCGGGUUUCCCUCUGGCGCCGCGUGGGACGCCUGCGACCAAACGUCGAGGGGCUGCAGGGGGAAUUGCGCCGCCGCGCGAGGGCAAGCUCGGCCGCCGGCCGUGGGCGGCCAGCGUGGCUCCCGCUCGGCUCUGACAGCGCCGGGGCCCUCAGCGCCGUCGUCGCGGUGGUCGCUCGCGCGCGGCCGCUCUUCGCCUGACGCCGUUUGGCGCGGUGUGGGGGCGGCGCCGAUUGUGCGUGGCCGCGCGCGGCGGCAGGAGGCACCGCGGCGCAGUGCUGCCCGGCGUUUCGCUUCCUCCGCGGGACGCCUUCGUGCACGCCGCAUCGCCGCGUCGCCGGCCACGCUGCGCGCCGACGGCUCCGUCGCCCCGCCGGGGCAGUUGGUGGCAACUUCCCUGAUGCGGUCACCGGCUGCUUCACUGAUGUUUGUGGAAUGUGCCCCCGCUGCACAACGCAACACGGCGUGUAUCUGUCCGUGUGAAAGCCGCAAGAGUUAA